CCGAAUUUAAUGGUUCCGCCCGGAUACGCCCGGGGAAAGAUUUAUCCAUAAUAUCCAACAUUUUCCUCGGUGGCUAACGUCAACGUUAUUUAGGGUGUGGAAGCGUGGAGUUCAGACAGCGCCACCAGGUGUACAACCAUGAGCCUGGAAGGACAAUCAAAAGGUGUUGACCUGCCUGCCCUGCAGGAGCACCUCUGCGGCCUGUGGAGCAGGAAAGAGCAGGAAGAGCUGCGUCAGUUUUUAGCGAGCAGUUUCUCACAGAUGCAGGAGCCCUUGGCUGGUCUGCUGGGCUUCCUGCAGGGCUGGCUUACCGUCCAGAAGGGCAAGUCCAGCAUGCUGCACCAGUUCAUUCUCACAGAGUUUAUGCGCUGGAGGACCAGUAAUCCCCAGGCCAGUCUGAAUGGCCUGAGGGAAGAAGAGAGACUGCGUUUGCAGAAGAAAGCCCUGGGGCUCCUCACAGACUCUCAUCCCGGGUACAUGGACCCCCUGCUGGAGAUUUAUCAGCUGAGCUCACUGAAAAGACCACUGCUGCUGGAACAUGUGGACUUCCUGCAUGACUGCUGCUGCUUCAAAGAGGCGCUGAUGUUCAGUGUCAAAGUGGAACUGCAGAAAGAUCUGGACAUGGAGAAGAUGUGUGUGCCUCUCAUUCUGCUGGACAAGCUGUCUCUGGCGGAGCUGUAUGUGCGUGAGCAUCCUGACCUGCAGCAGCGUCUGGUCUCACUGCUGGACUCCUGGUGCGAGCCCAACUUCAACAUGCAGGCACUGCUCAGUCAGUACCCAGACGUGGUUCUCUCAAAACAUCAGACGGACCAGAUCCAGCCCAAGCUGCUCAGUAAACAUGUGUUCAGACUCAUGGAGAAAUUCUGCAUUGAUCCCGGUCUGUGCUCUAAUUCUGUCUAUAAGAGGAAGCUGGAUUCACUGAGGUUUCUCAUGUACAAAACCUUUGGCGAGAAAAGCAUGUCGGAAGAGAACUGGAGAGACCAUGUUCAGGCCUUGAUUGAAGGCAAUACAGAGCUCCAGGUUCAGUUGGUGCAGCUGUUGGUUAGACACUGCAGCCUCCAGACUGCUGCCCAGUGGGCUGCACAUUACAACUUACCCAGAAACAGGCUUCCCCUAGGAGUCUGGGACAAAAUUCAGAGCCUCUCCCGCAAGAAGCAGCUAGAGAUGUGUUUUGUGAGCGGCCCACCCGAAUCUUGGACACCUCUUCAGUCUGAUCAGCAAAAAUACUACCAGCUGCCUCUGCCCAGAGAAAACGUCCUCUUUGUAGAGUCAUUAGAUGAAGUUAAGCAGUGCAGAGAAGCUGUUUUAAAGCCUGGUUGUGUGGUGGGAAUAGACAUGGAAUGGAGAGCCGGUUUUGGCACAGUAUCCUCUCAGCGUGUGGCUCUGAUCCAGCUGGCUGUACAGGAUCGGGUGUUUCUGUUGGACCUUUGUGCUCACGCCAUUAGCCACCACAGCACCACAGUGAACUUCAUCAGAGCUCUGCUGUCAGACAAGAACAUCCUCAAACUGGGUUAUGGGAUGUCUGGAGACUUGCGGAGUCUGGUCAGCACGUGGCCUGAGCUCAGGGAAGAUCCAAUGAAAAUGGAAGGAGUUCUGGACCUGCUUCAUGUCCAUCAGGAGCUUCAACGGUGCUGGUUGGGAAACAAAGGAUGUCGGUCAGUGGAAGUAAGUGAGGGACCAGCGGAGAAGGGCCUGAGUUUGCUAGUGCAGCAGGUAUUAGGAAAACCACUGAACAAAACUGAGCAACUCUCCAACUGGGAACGCCGACCUCUCCGGACCAGCCAACUCCGCUAUGCAGUCACUGAUGCGUACUGCCUGCUAGAUGUAUACCUCGUCCUCUCCCGGGACCCAAAGGCAUUUGGUUUGCCAGAGGACCUCCGCUCCAUUCCCUCAGCCCAACCGGCCAAGAGCCGUGAGGAAAAGAAACUCAAAGAGAAGAACAAGCAGUCUAAAAGAAGAGAGGCUCGGCAGAAGGCGAAUGAGCCCCACUCUAUGGAUGACUGUUUAAAGAUGACUUCGGAGUAUGAAGGGCCCACUAUUACACCACCAGAGCUGCGAGUGGUCUGUGAUAACAUGCUGCAGGGUCUGGGACGUUUUUUGCGCUGUCUGGGGGUGGACGUCAAGAUGCUAGAAAACACAGAUGACCAUAAAGUAGCAGCAGAGCUGGCUCGUGCUGAAGGUCGUGUCAUCCUCACCGCUGGUCAGCCUUACCAAACAUUACGCUCACAGGUCGGAGAGGGCCGCUGCCUGACUCUGGACUGCUCAGAAAAGGCACGUGACCAGGCCGUGCACGUUCUCAGACAUUUCCACGUCCACCUCACCCCUGCAGACAUCUUCAGUCGAUGCCAGGCUUGCAACUGUAAUGAGUACUUGAAGCUGUCCAGAGAGGAUAUGACCCGCAUGAUGAAAGAGAGAGGUCUCCUUCAAGACAUCGUAUCUAAGCGGGACGACUGCGAGCCGCAGGACGAAACACAAGCUGAAUACAAUAGCUGGAGGCCCCCAGAGGGCCCCGAGUUCACCCCUCACUGCCGCUGGGCCCCACGUACCGCCCUGGACCCCCAGACCUUCAAAUUCCCCAGCGGGGCCGAAGUUCAGCUGGAGACCGUGCCCCCAGGCCUCCUGCCCCGGAUUCCAGUGUACUUCAUCUGCACCGGCUGUGGAAAGGUGUUCUGGGAGGGGACGCACUUUGACCGGGUGCUGUCGCAGUUCCAAGAGCUCUUGCACGUCAGUGAAGACGCAGCAACAAAAGCUUGAGAUCGACAGGGAAACUCCAGGUUUUAUUUUUUUUUUCUCCAUGCAUCUGAUUUUUUUUAAUUCUUUUUUUAUGGAGGUGUUUUUAUUUGCUACACUGUGUCAUAGCAACCUUUGGGAAGGGUUCAUUGUGUUUUGCACUGUAAACAAAAUUGUCCUGUGUACAUUUGUUUUCCACAAUGUAAUUAUAUACUUGAUGCUAUCCCUCCUGAAAUCUGAAAAAAAAAAAACGUUUUAAUAACACUGUAUGAAAUGAUUAGUCAUAAAUUGUUAUUAAAAACAGGAUUUAUAUUGGACUAACGCCAUAAGAUGACACGCGUCUUUCAUUUUCAUUUUUGCACAAUAUCUUGUUUAGACAUUUGUUACUCUGUUUUGUUUUUGGUUUUAACUAAUAUGUAAUUAAUGCCAUAAAAUGUUUGCAAACUUCCUAAAAUUGUUCGUAAAUCAUAAGUGUUAACUGUUUUAACAACACUUUAUGAAAAGUUUGGACACAAAUUGUUAUUA